CCUUUAAAACACCAGUGAGAAGAAGCCGCCCAGGACACACCCCAGCUCACCAGCCGAGGAAACUUAUAACCUCAGGAGGCAGGGCCCUCCCCUCACUGCAGUCGCACACCUCCAGUGGAGCAGACCGGGCAGCCACCAGCUCCUGCACACUCCGGCCACCUCCGUUGCUGGGUCCCCCAAGAACUUUCCUCACUCACAAGUGACCAAGCAAGGCACGAUGUUGGUGUUACUGGCUGCCAUCUUUGUGGUCCACAUCGCCACCUGUGUUAUGCUCUUUGUUUCGACCAUCGCCAAUGUCUGGAUGGUUGCAAAUUCAACCAUCAGCUCAUCCGUAGGUCUCUGGAAAGACUGUACCAAUGGUAACUGCGUAGGCCUGCUAUAUGGCGGUGAAGGAGCUAUCAAGGCGGUACAGGCCUUCAUGAUCCUCUCCAUCAUCUUCUCUGUCAUCUCCCUCCUUGUCUUCGUGUUCCAGCUCUUCACCUUGGAGAAGGGAAAUCGCUUCUUCCUGACAGGGGCCACCAUGCUGGUGUGCUGGCUGUGUAUUUUGAUCGGAGCCUCCAUCUACACUAACCGUUACGUCUCUAAGCAAAACAGGUUCUUUGACGGUAGCAACGGUCAUCAUGGCUAUUCCUUUAUCCUGACCUGGAUCUGCUUCUGUUUUUCCUUUGUUGUUGGUAUUCUCUACUUGGUCCUGAGAAAGAAAUAAGGCUGAAAAAGUGUAUGGGCACCUGGGGGGUGGGGAGGAGGAAGCAGUCAAAUCUGGGAGGGAAGUGGAAGUUGUUGUGCAGGAAAAACAAGAGUGGGGAGGGGGGAGGGAAAGGAUUGGGGGAGGAAAGGCCCACACCCAAACUCUGGUUGGGAUAUUGUCUGCUGUCAAGCCCCAGCUCGUGGGAGCACGUGGUUGGUUAGGACAUCGUGCAGGCCAGAGAGCCUCCCUCCGGUCACCAGACUUGGCCUCUGUAGUUCUUAGCUAAACACACCACCUGGGGCCCGUCAGCUGCUGCAACACUGGCUCUACUUCCAAGGGUGCAUUCUGGGUCACGCACUGAGGUCCUGCAAACCUACUACACCAAGUUCAAAUAGCGGUACAAGUUUUGGUAAGAGCACCUCUCGUCUUUGUGCUGAAUGCGUGAAGCCUGGAAGCCAUUCCGCACUCUGAUCCCAAGUCAAGCAUCACAUUCCAGUCUGCAGCGAUGGAAAGGCCAAAAAACGCCUUUGGCCAGAGAGCCAUUGGCUUAUUAUUUUUUAAGAACAGGACUUUAUUUAGUUUUGUAAAAUUCAGAGGCAUUUUUGACAAAACAGGGGGAAGAGAGGUGAUUUAUAAGGCCAAAUUAUGGAUUAGCUGAACCAAGAACUUUUCACCAUGGAAGGCCGGCCUGGGUGAUGAUCAGAACCCAGACCAGACUUCACACAUAGCUGUCCUUUGUGGAUAUCUCUUGCCGUGAGCUUUUCUAGACCCCUUGCUUCAAAGCAAAGCCAGCUCUUCUAGAGUUCCUCGAGCCAAUUGCAGCCAAUUCCGUGGUGAAGGCACUGCACAAACUAAGCGCCAAGGGGCAGUCUUGCCAGUGCUCUAUUAGGAUUAUGUUUUUAGGAUUCCCCUCAGUGCCGUUGAUGUCUCUUGUAAGUCUGUAAUGGGAGAGAGGUGGACACAUCCCCUUGUUACAGGAUUCUGUUACCCUUCCUCUAUAUGGUAAACUCCUGAGGUCGCUUGUCUAGUUAUCCAUAUUGGGAAUCAAAGCUUCUAGGCUCAGGGACAGCUAGCUGUGCCACAUGACAGUGUUCACCUCUCAGAGAUCUUUCCUACCCUGUUUUAACAGGGGAGGCAUCGCAAUUCGGGAAGUUGAUUAAAAACAAACAAACCAAAACCAAACAACAGAUCCUUGGGUGAAAGGUGCUAUGUAAUUGCGACGUAUUAAUCAUAAUGUUUCAGUCACAAGAAGAACAGAGUGCCUGCCCCAGGAAAAUGAGAAAAUCCCAUGAGAUCAGUUAAAAAAAUGUAGGUGAUGGGCGGAUAUUUCCUUUUUCUUCUUACAGUAAAAAGUCUGAGGUACCCAGUGGGAUGGUAGUUGAACCAUCUGGGCCUACAGAAGCAUGUCUAAACGGGGCUUGGAAGUAGUAAGUCAUUCUUGGUUAGGCAGGCCUUGUCCUGCCCUGGGGCAGCUGUUUGAAAUCAUCUCAGAUUCUGCAUAGAGGGUGUUUUGAGGAAGAUGUUUCCUUGGUCACCCUGAGAAGAUCUGCCCCUGGGGAGAAUCUGAAGCAUCUUGCCUAUUUGCCUCUAGCUUUCUCCUUGUAUGCUUCUUACAGACCUUUGUUUCUUUGGGAAGUUAUUAUACCAUAAUUACUGGUAUUUAUGUAAAGGGACUAUUACUAAGUACAUUUUCUUUAUGUUUAUUCUGGUUAAGGGAAUGUUGAGGAAAGGCCACUAAAUUACUUGGGCUGUGGUAGAGAGAGUGGCCAGCAAAAACUGUGGGAGACUGAACUUUAUAACUUUGAUGUCAUUAUCACAUGACUGUAGUGCAGUCACAUUCUGUUUAGUGCAGAAGCAUAUUUACGUAUUAAAAGUAUUGAAAAAUUAGUUUUGUUUUGUUAAAAAGUUGAACCAUGACCGAACUAACCAUACAUUCCCUUGUCUUUUACUUUUUUCUUCUGUGACAUUUAUGUUUCAUGUAAUUUGCAUUACAUUGGUGGGGUGUUCUAGUACUGUAUUUGGCUUCUUCAUCAAUAGAUUGUUUCUUAUACUAUAAUUGUAAAUAUUUUGAUACAAAUGUUUAUAACUCAAGGGAUAUUAAAAACAGAUUCUGAUUCCCUUCA